AUGAGCAAUACAAAUAGAGAAAAUAUCGGGAAUGAAGAUAACAUUGAUAUCUAUAACAGCAAUAUACAUUCGGAUAUAAAUACAAGCAAUAAUAGUAGCAAUACCAAUAAUGUUGAUAAUUAUGAUAUGGCUAUAGAGCUAAAUGAUAGUGUAAACGGAUCGAUUAAUGGUAACACAGCUUUAGAGAACAACAUUACCUAUAAUAACGAUAAUUAUACUCAUAAUAAUCUGAAUAGCAGCAAUAUGAGAUAUCUAUCCUUAAAUAAUUCUAAAUCUGAAGAUUAUCCCCCUAGGUGUAAUUGUAGGAUUAAGUCAAAAUGCCCGGCACCUGGUCUGUGUGGGGCCCAUAACGUAAUCUAUAAAUGCACUAUAACUACUGAGAAUAGCAAAUUUCUUUAUUUGGGUUGUACUAUAAAAUUUAAGCAACGAGUUAGCAAUCAUAUCUCCUCAUUUAAGUUACGUCAUAAAGCUGGUUGCACCACACUUUCCAGUAAGAUCUGGGAACUCAAAGAUAAUAAUAUUAAAUAUAACCAUAAAUGGGAAAUAGUUAGAAAUAACAGGGAGUGGCAGUUAAUAGCUGUUUGCUGGUCAAAAAUAAUGUUCCCUUAUAAAUCUUAA